UACAAAUGUAGGAUAUGGAGGGAGUGUUGGCUCCGGGGCUUGUAAAGAGCUGCUCCUGAAUGAGAAAUAUUCGGAAGUGAAUGGUUUUCUACACGACGGAGAGGGCUAAUCAUUUGCCAACAGCGUACGUGUCCGAAGAAGCCAAAAAACAUGUCAGCAAUCAAGAUUGCCCUGCAGCAGAGCCAGAAGAGGGGCAGAAGGAAAACCUCUGAGACAAUGUCUGCAGAGGUGUCACCAGACUCCAAGUGUCCCAUCUGUUUGGACAUAUUCAACAAUAUUUCUUACCUGGAUCUCUGCCUGCACAAGUUCUGUUUCCGCUGUAUUCAUGAGUGGUCCAAGAACAAGGCUGAGUGCCCUCUAUGCAAACAGCCGUUUCAUUCAAUCUAUCACAGUAUAAAAUCGGAGCAAGACUUCAAGAAGUAUGACCUUCGGCCGGUGGAAAGUACCUCUUUUGGGACUUUUCAGGGAGUGCGAUUUAGAUACCGCACAACUCUUACCGGGGUCCAUCGACAGAUGCGAGGAAGGACCUCUCCACCUCCAGAUAACGGAGUAAUGUUUGAAGCCUCAGCAAAUGCUCCACAACAGCCGCAGGACCGUUACAUCCGGCGAAUGAUGAUGAGGUUGGCAGCCAAGAGGAGAGCAGCGAGUGAAGGCAGGGCUGUGAACAAUGUCAGAGAGCAGGAAAUGGUGAAUUUCAGGAGGGAACUGUAUCGACGGGGAGUGAGGGUUCGGAAUGUCCGGGAUGGUGGCCGCUCUCGAGACACCUCAGCUGAGUUUUUCCGACGUAAUCCUGCUUGCCUGCAUAGACUGAUCCCCUGGUUAAAAAGAGAACUCAUUGUGCUGUAUGGAGCCCACGGCUCUUUGGUCAACAUAGUUCAACACAUCAUCAUGUCACGCAUUACACGUUACGACAUGGAGGAUGGAGCUAUUCUGGAAGAGCUCAGGCCAUUCCUCCAGGGGCGCACAGAGCACUUUCUGCAUGAAUUCAUCAGCUUUGCAAAGUCCCCCUUCAAUAUGGAGGCCUAUGACCAGCAUGCUGCCUACGACUACCCAGCCCCUUCCUCAAAUGAAGGCAGCAGCUCCAAUUCAUCUGUAAUAGCUAUCUCAGAGGAUGAAGAGCACUCGGCGGAUUUGGACCCGCCAGGAGACUCCACUUCUACUCUGAGCCACUCUGUGUGGGAUGAUGAGACGCCUGGGCCAUCAUACUCCACGACAGCAGAGCAGAGCAGGGCAGAGUGUCUGUCAGUCCUUGACUCAGACUCAGACAGCAGUUUAGAGGAGGAGACACGUGAGUCUAGGGCCUCUUCACAGCAAGUGAGUCCUCAUAACCAAACAGACAUGAUCCAGGGUGAAGUUAACAACGAAGAGUGUCCGUCUUAUGACAGCGAUGACUGUGUUAUUGUUGGUUAUGUUAAGCCAACAGCAGAGAGAACGCCCGAGCUGGUCCAUCUCUCCUCUAACUCCGAUGAGUCUGACUGUGAAGAUAUUAAAGCAGUGCCUCUACUACCUCAGCACAUCCGCUUCUGCAGUCUGAGUCCUGUAGCUUCACAGAGUAGUGAUCCAAGUGGUGCUGGACAGUCAGAAAAUGUAGAUUCAGAACAUUGUCAUCCUUUGGCUUUAAGAGAAAGCUGUAGCUCUUCGACAUCCAGGAGGCACAAGACGUCCAGUAAGUCAGACAGAAAAGAUACAGACAGAAGAUUUGAGUGUAAUGAUAGAUCUAGGGACAGGCACUGGUCAAAGGACGGAGACCGUUGGAGAAAGAGGAGGUCGAGAAGUUCAGAGCGCAGGCACUCUACCAGGAGCUUGGUGAUCUCAAAAUGUGACCGUAAUUAUAAAAAGAGGGACAGUGAUAGCAGCUAUCAGUCAUAUAGGCAUUACUGCGAAGAGAGAAAUAAUAGUGGGAUGCAUUACACGGAGAGGCGGUCCUACUAUUACAGUAGCCGCAAAUACUCUGAUCGGCACUCCCAUUCCAGGAGCCGCAGCAGGGACUUGCGGAGACGAGACAGGAGGCACUCUCGUUCUCGUACUCCUUCCAGCAGUCGCUCCCCUUCGAUGAAAAGGAGGCCUCACAAUGACAAGCCCGGCGGAAAGAGAAAAUACAAAACGAGACAUUUGGAGGAAGCGUCCAAAAAAGAACUUUCCAAUUCAAAUGCUGAAGGUGACUCCCCUGUAAAACACAAGAAAAAGAGCAAAGAGAAGCAUUGCAAAAAAUCCAAAGACAGGUCGAGGAAGACCAGCAGGAGCCUCAGUGUGGAGCUCGUCAACGAGGAAAACUCUCACGAGCGAAGCAAGCGCCACCACAAGAAAAAGAAGAAACACAAGAAGAAAAGCAAAAGGCACAAGAGUAGUGAACGCACUGAGAAGCACUCACCUGCUGUCAUCACCAUUGAUAGUGACAGUGACUCUUGUGCUCAUGACACCCAGACAAGCAGCGGUAAUAAGGACAACCCCAUCAGCAGUACCACAGAUGACCCAGUGGACCCAUCCCCUCUGGACACGCUUGAGUAGUUAAUUGGAAUUUCAGAUUCUAGCUGUGUGUGGUGGGAACUGAUGGAUUCACACUCAGCUGCUAAUGUCUGCCAGCAGUAUUUUUGAUCAAAUCAAUGUUCAGUAUGUUGAAGUUCCCCAGAUGUUGAAGGAUAUAGUUUCAUAUGUAUCCCUUUACAUGCCACCAAAGUGUUUUCUACUGAGACAGUUGACAGGACGCUGGCUUACAUGACGAACGCAGAUAUCUGUAGUGAACUGAAAAGUUGUCAGCAUCGGAUAAAUGACCAUGUUUUAAAGACCAUCACGGUCUGGUUUCUUGACUGUGUUCACAAACACCUAAAACAAUCCUAUUCUAUGUGCCAAGUGCCACUAUGAACAGAAUGGAAUUAAAUUAGGAGUUGCAUAUCUUUUUUUUUAAAGUGUCAAUUCUUAUUCAGGAAAUUUUCUUUAAUGGAUGUAUUUUAUUUCUAUGGUGCUCUCAGGGAUAAUAUUGAUUACAGUGAUUUUUCUUUUUUGUCAUCAUAAGUCCGCUAUAUUCUCGAGGCAAAACAAUUCCUACCUGCUGCACAUGGAGUAGUACUUAUACACAAGUGGUGUUUGGAUUUCAGAAUGGGUUCUUUUGUAUUGGAAUUUAUUUAAAAUAAAUUGUAAAGAGCAA